AUGAAGUACUUUUAUGAUAUCGAUGGUCACGCUGAACCCGAAAAAGUGAUGAGGACUCUUUACCAUGAGAUGGGCAAAAGAUACUCAGAAAGAAAAAACAUUAGGCAUACUUUCUUCCAAAAAUAUUAUGAGGGGAACGCAGAUAAUCUUGAGGCGGCACUCAAUGCUCCUCCUGAGCACUAUGUAACAAGAGAGCAUUGGAAAGAGAUUAUUGAUUUGUUUUUGAGCCCAAAAUUUAUAGCGCGUUCCAAUCAAAACAAGCAAAAGAGAAAACAAAUGAAGUACCCCUCAACUCAAGGCACAAAAUCAAUGGCAGCUCAGCGUCAUGAAUUUAAUCUAACACUGAUAACAUUACAGAAGGAGCCCGAAAAAUAUGUUAUACCAACUUGGAGAGACAGUCAUCUGAGGAAGGAUAAAACUUGGGUCAAUGAUGCUGCUAAAGAGAAAUUUGAGCAACUCACUCGUGAAAUGGAGGAAGAGAUGGCGAGAAGUAGGCUUCAAAGCCAAUAUGGCAGUGAUUCUAGAACUUCGGAGGUCCCGUCUGACAUCCAAUUCAAGGUCAUGGGCAAGGUCAUGGGUGACAGGAGUGACUACAUUCGAGGAGUCGGUUACAACAUAGCAAAGAAGGGGAAAAGAUCAACAACAUCAUCUAGCUCUUCGAGCCAAAGUCAAACUCAAUCUCAAGCUGGGUCUACUAUUUCUCAAGAUGUUGGUAUUAUGGCUGAGAUGUUUCAGAGAUUGCGUGAACGCUUUCCACCGGGACAGGACACAUCUGAUCUGUAUGACCCGCGAUUUGACAGAUUCCUCCAACAAUAUUUACCUACUCAACCUCAGGGUAGUGCAACAUGUCCAAGGCCGCAACAACAACCUUUACAGCAGACUCAGCAAUCUCCUAAUGUGCAAGGAAGUGCCUCCCAAUCUCCUCUUAUUCCAAACAUGUUUGGACGCUCCUCCCAGUCUCCUCCAUUUUUCUACUCUGAUUUUUUUGGAGGAUCACAGUCCCAACAGCCGAUGUUUGGCCAAUUUGGGAGUUCAUCUCAGCAGCCGAUGUUUUUCGGGGGUCCAAUGCAGCAAACUUUUCCGGGUCAAUUUUUCGGUUCACAAAAUCCAUACUUUUUCCCGGCCGGUUUCAAAGAACAAUCCCCGAACUUCUCGCCACAACAAUCUCCAAAUAUUUCACAACAGCAACAAUCUCCGAAUUUACCACAACAACGACAAACUCGGCCAUUUGCGGAGCUUUUAUCUUCCCAACAACCAUAUUACCCAUCACCGCCAGUAUCGCAAGCUCAGGAUGAAUCCUAA